UAUUACGAAUAUACAUUUUUCAUACAUAUACAUUGAUACCAACCGUAGGGCCCCCACCUUAAAACCUUGAAGACUAGCCGCUUCGACCCGAAUACGCAAUUGCUCCGGCGACACGAUUGCAAUGGUUUCUCCGACCAGGUCAUCUGCCACAUUUGGGAAAGCAAGUGAAAGUAAUGGGGCAAUUCCGAUCAAUUCCCAGCAACGCGUUCUUUCUGUGGCACCUCUUCGAAGCAUACCAUAUGUUGGUCCAUCUGUGCCCUCUUCCCCACUAAGAAACCCUGAAGCCAAGCCUGUAGAGGAAUUUGGGCCGGCUAUUAUAUUUAUGCCUUCUCACUCCAGGGAGGACAACAUUUUAGCUUCCGCCAAAACCGGAUUUUCGGUAACCGGGAGUGCAGCUUUGGGGAAGGCGGGGCUGACUAUGGGAUUGGUUGACAUUGCUGAAAGCAGUGAUUCAUACUUAUUUCGUGUCUCACUUCCGGGUGUAGCUAUGGAUGAUAAGGAUUUCAGUUGUGACAUCAGACCUGACGGAAAGAUAACGAUUAAGGGAGUGACAAAUACAGGGGAGAAGACAGUGCGCAAGAACUCUCAAGUAUUCAAGAUGCUUACUCAAAAUCUAUCCCCACCAGGUCAUUUCUCUAUUGUUUUCCAUCUACCCGUUCCAGUCGAUCCACAACAAUGUCAAGGUGCUGGGGCCAACGGGAUACUCCAGUGUAUUGUGAAGAAAAAGUGAUUAAACACUCGAAAAAUUGUAAUUUGUCAAUAUAUCAGUUUGUUUUGAUUCCCGCAGAUGACAUGUUCCCAGUAGGAAAAGGAGGCAGAGAACAAUUUUCAGGCUGAACAGCAGACGUAGGGUUGAUUGCCUAUGCUUUUGCAGAAAACUAAACUUUGUAUUGUUAAUCUUACCUUUAUGUUAUGGUAUUAUUUGAAUCAAUCUAAGAUAUUUGGCUUUCCUUUAA